CGAAGAUGUUCGUCGCUGCCGUCGAUACCUUGCUCAGCCCGUUCGAGCCGUUCGAGCCACCACACACCGAUUGUCCAUAUAACCUCCCUCAUCCCCACCAAUGUCGUCCAAACGCUACGCGUUCGUCCCGAUGGACGAUGAGCCGGCGCCUCCUUCCAGGGACGACAGGAGGGAGAGGCGAGACAGGAAAGACCGGAAAGAUCGCAAACGCGACAGGUCAAGGUCCCGCGAUCGAUCUACAUCGCCUCGACGGCACAAGAGCAGACGACACGACGGCGAUGAGUCUCCUCGGCGCCGCUCGCGGUCACCACGCGGCGACCGGGAUGGCGGCUCGAGGACGGGUCGGGGCGACGACUCGACGAGGCGCGAUGACUCGAGGCGCGACGACGACUCCAAGAUGUCCGAGCUGCGGCUCAAGUCCCGCCAGCAGUACCUCGCCAAACGAGAGGCCGAGAAGCUCGCGCUAUUGCGGAAACAGGUCGCGGAGGAGACAGCCGAGCUGAGGUCGGGCGUCCGCUUGUCCGAGCGGGAGAAGGCCGAGUUCGCAAAGAACCGCGAGAUCCUGCGACUGGCCGAAGAGCGGGCCCGCAUCGACGACUACCAGGACGGCUACCGGCUACCGGACCAAUACGGCGUCGACAGCAAGAAGAAAGAAGAGGCCCUCUACAAGCGCCAUGUCGAGCGGGAUGCGUACGGCAACGAGAAGCACGUAACGGAAUACGAGGAGUGGGAGCGCGAGCAGACAGUCAAGGCCAAGGCGCAGAUACAGAGCCGCGAGCGUGAGGACGACGGCGAAUAUGACUUCUUGCUGGACGAGGACGCCAUCACCUUUGUCCGCGACGCGGCCAAGCACGCCCAGCCAACCGAUGGGUUAACCCAGGAGCAGAGGAUCCUGAAGGAGAAGAUCGACGCCGCAGAGAAGGCCCAAAAGACAAUACAGGAGGUCCGCAAGAGCCUACCCGUCUACGCGUACCGCGACGCAUUCUUGGACGCCGUCAAAGAAUACCAAGUGCUCAUAUUGGUCGGCGAGACGGGUUCGGGAAAGACGACGCAGAUCCCGCAGUACUUGCACGAGGCAGGCUUCACCAAGGACGGCAUGAAGAUUGCCUGCACGCAGCCGCGUCGAGUGGCAGCCAUGAGCGUCGCCGCCCGUGUCGCCGACGAGAUGGGCGUGAGGAUCGGGCACGAAGUGGGCUACUCGAUCCGGUUCGAAGACUGCACCAACGACAAGACGAUCCUCAAGUACAUGACGGACGGCAUGCUCCUGAGGGAGAUGGUGACCUCGCCCACGCUCGAGGGCUAUUCGGCCAUCAUGAUCGACGAGGCGCACGAGAGGACGGUGCACACGGACAUCCUGCUGGCGCUGAUCAAGGAUCUCGCACGCGCAAGGCCGGAGCUGAGGGUCAUCAUCUCGUCCGCCACGCUCAACGCCGAGAAGUUCAGCGCGUAUUUCGACGACGCUCCCAUCUUCAACGUCCCCGGCCGCGUACACCCGGUAGAGACUUACUACACCUCGGCGCCCGAGAGCAACUAUCUGGAAGCGAGCCUGGUCACCGUCUUCCAGAUCCACGCGACGCAGCCGGAAGGCGGUAUCCUCGUCUUCUUGACCGGCCAGGAAGAGAUCGACCGGGCGUGCGAGCGGGUAGAGGAGAUCAAGAGGAAGCUGGGUAGUCGGGUGCCCGAGAUCAUCGCGCUGCCCAUUUACGCCAACAUGCCCUCGGAGAUGCAGGCCAAGAUCUUUGAGCCGACACCGCCGGGGGCGAGGAAAGUGGUCUUCUCGACAAACAUCGCCGAGACCUCUCUGACGAUCGACGGCAUCGUCUACGUCAUCGACUGCGGCUACGUCAAGGAGAACACGUUCAGCCCCGUCGGCACCACUGGCCAGUCGACGCUCGCCGUGGUCCCCUGCUCGAGGGCGGCGGCGAACCAGCGGAUGGGUCGGGCCGGCCGCGUGCGGCCCGGCAAGUGCUUCCGCCUCUACACCAAAUACGCGUACCUGUCCGAGAUGGACGAGUCGCCGACGCCCGAGAUCCAGCGGACCUCGCUCUCGAGCGUGGUCCUCCAGCUCAAGGCGCUCGGCAUAGACGACCUGCUGGGCUUCGACUUCCUGGACCCGCCGCCGACCGAGCUCCUCAUCAAGUCCCUCAACAUGCUCUACGCGCUCGGGGCCCUCAACAGCGCCGGCGCCCUGACGCGGGUGGGCCGGCAGAUGGGCGAGUUCCCGACGGAGCCGAUGCUGGCCAAGGCGCUCAUCGCGGCCACGCAGGAGGGCUGCGUCGAGGAGGUCCUGACGAUCGUGUCGAUGCUGGGCGAGGUCGGGACCCUCUUCUUCCGCCCCAAGGACAAGAAGGUGCACGCCGACAGCGCGCGCGCGCGCUUCACCGUCAAGGACGGCGGCGACCACCUCACGCUGCUCAACGUCUACAACCAGUGGGUCGAGUCGGACUACUCGCCCAUCUGGGCCAGGGAGAACUUCCUGACGCAGCGGUCGCUGACGCGCGCGCGGGACGUGCGGGACCAGCUGGCCAAGCUGUGCGACCGGGUGCUGGAGGGCUCGACGUCGUCGUGCGGCGGCAUCUCCAACAUGCGGCCGGUGCUGCGGGCGCUCACGGCCGCCUUCUUCCUCAACGCCGCCCGGCUCAACCGCGCCGGCGACGGCUACCGCACCCUCAAGAACAACAUGACCGUCUACGUGCACCCGAGCAGCGUGGUCAAGUCGAUGGACCCGCCGCCAAAGGUCAUCAUCUACCACGAGCUGGUCGUGACGUCGAGGGAGUACGUCCGGUCCGUCAUCCCGGUCGAGCCGAGGUGGCUGACCGAGUUUGGCGGGCACUACUAUGACAAGAAGGACGUCGAAGUGCUCGAGGCGAAGAAGUUGCCCAAAGAGAGAAAGUACUAAGAUAGAAUUGUUUUUUUUUUUGGGGGGGGGGGGGGGUUGGUUGGGUUGGGUUGGGUGACAGAGUUCAAAAGAAAUCGUUCACGGACAAUAACUACAGGGGGACAUCGAUCUGGGUUUUUGGAGCGCUGCGAAUCUAAUGGGACCUGGAAUGAAGCAUAGGUUCUAAGAAAUAAAAUGGGGAGGCCGCACAGGAGGAGUUUUGAAGCGAGAAAGCGAGCAUUGGUUAUUUCUUAACGACCAAAUACCCGAAUACUAUAUUAUAUACUAUUGUAACCUUGGCUGUGAGCAGUCUUCAAAAAGUGUCUUCUGCCUAGCGCUUCGGUCUGGACGAAGUAUGCGCUCCAAAUCUAUGUGCACCGUUAGCGGAGAGCGAAACCUAAGACCGCCGGAAAUUGGAAUUAGAUAAGAUGGCCUAGGGCCCUGCAAUGA